CAUUCAAUCCGAUCAAUUCGGCUGCCGAGCACUCCGCGAGCACUGCUGUACGAGAAGGCUGUACGACUACGAGGCCGAACUUGAUAAUUGAUGGGACGAGAACAUGGACCUUGAAUCUCGUGAAGUUUGAUAUUAACAGAUUUUCAUCUUUGAUGUACACCCUAUGGGAAUAAGUGCAUGUUAUCAGGAUGUCAUCCAAAAUACUUCAUCUUUUAGAGAGCUGUGGGGGUGAUGCCCAAGUGGGUGUGAUCCUGAGGAAAGCGGUUGCUCAAGCCCAUGCAGCUUUGGCUUCCGAAGACACUGCAGAGGCAGCAGAAUUCAUUGCUUUUUGCUCGGAGAAUCUAAAGAACAAUCCCCUGCUCCUGCACACGGAGGAAGUGGAAGACAUUGUAACCAAUCUUUGCUUUCCGGUCAUAGCAAAGGAAGGAAGGGAAGCCCUCCAGAAAGUUUAUGAAUUUCUUGCCUUCACUCUGUCGUCAUCGUUCAGGAAACCUCACCCUAAACCUUGUGAGAUCGUGAUGAAAGCAUGUAAACAGAGCCUCCUCACAUAUAGAGAUGAAGUAAACAACAAGGACCAUGCAUGUAAUGAGUUUGAUGAUGGAGAAGAAGAAGAAAAGAAAUGUGAGCUUGGUAUAUCAUCUUCCAUUGCUAUUCUAAGCAUCUACACCAAGGCACUUGUCCAAUCUCCUGAAAAGCAUGAGCAGAGAACUGAUACCGAAGACCCAUGGUGGGGUGAACUCAUGGAGACAGUGUGGGACAUUCUGGAAGCAGGUGAAGCCCUCGUCUGUGUGCAGCUCGCGCAAAUCCUGGUCCCUAGUGAGAAGGAAUUACCCCUGGGUGGAAGAACUAGGAACGAGGUACUUCAAGUGAUUUGGGACCGACUUGUUGCAAUGCAUGAAAAGAGUGUCAAGUAUUCAGAAGCAGUGAAUGAGAACAUUUACCUCAUCCUCUGUGCUCUGUCAGAUGCAUUCUUCCCAAAUCCUUCUUCCGAGGAGGAAGCGAGGAGUUCAACUGACAAAGCGAAUGAUACAGGACUUGAUGAUGCUUCCCAAGGCGUGGAUCUCUUACAAUUGGAGUUGUUUUGGCAACUCAUUCAACAGGGGCUUAUCCACGCCAAUCCCCUGACACGGAAACGUUGUAGUUAUCUGAUGAAGAGGGCAGUAGAUGUGGCUGCAACUUCACGUCAAUGUCUAGGUCAAGGGUCACAUGAGGUAACCAAGCAACCGUUAUUCUCAUGGGAUCCAGCCCAGAAAGAGACACUGCUACGUCUCUGGUUUGAAUUCUUUCUCAUCUAUGAGACUCUUGACCAAGUACAGAUCCAUGUAGUAACCCCAGCAAUGCCUCGUCUUGCUCAGCUGACAAAAUCCACAUAUCUAUCGGAUGAGAACUUAGGUAUGCCUGUACUACAUUCCAGUUGGCUGUGUAUACUAUAUCAACGGUGUUUUGUCCAUGAGAGUAAGACUGUGACUAGACUUGGAGUAACUCAGUUUCUAAAUCUUGACCUAAACAAAAGUUCAUUUCUUCACCAGAAUGGGCUUAAGUUCGUCCUUGGCCCGUUAUUGACUUCCCUCCAUGAGGAAUAUCUUUAUAGCAAGCCCCAAGAGGACCCAUCUGGAACACACCCACCCAUUGGUCUAGCUUUGAACAAAUUCAUGGCGAACUGUACCUCUCAGCUCUCUGAUGAUAUCAAGAGAUCUUUCUUAUGUGAUAUACUAAAGCUGAUAUGUGAGCAAGCUUGGGGUUCCAUCAAUAUCGCGUUUGUAUCGGAGGCUUUAGCAAGUAUCCCAGCAUUCCCUGCAUGGCAACAUUCAUCCCUCCAAAUGAUAAGGGAUAAGCUGUCAUCUGGUAUCCUGUAUAGUUCCACUGGUUACCGAGCCAUCAUCCAGUGCUUCUUCCUUAGAGCUUGUCUACAUCUCCUAGACUGGACUACUAUCUCACUGCAUCAGUUCUCUAAUCUACUUAGUAUAUGCAAUACUGGUCAUGUUCUGAAGAGGGGUUCACCACUCUGGGAGGAGGUAUGUCUCACUCUUCAUGAAAACAUGCUUAAUAAUGACACCCAGUCACCAUGGCAACCAUGCAUUCAAGAGGUCAAAGGUUAUCUGCACGUUGAGCCAACCAAAGAGGCACUAGAGAGGGAUGAUUUGCCCAAUAGAGAGGAGGCAUUACGAGUUGCCAUGGCGAUGCUGGUUGUAGCGGACUCUGCUGCCUUGUAUCAGACUCAAGAUAGCAGUAUGUCCGACCUACUCCAACCCUUGCAUGAUGUACUAGGUAGAUCAGGGAGCCAUGUUUAUCAACCUAUCCAAAGGACCGAUAAAGCAUUACAGAUUCUACAUGUUCUUCUCCAAGAAUCAAAAACAUUAUCUCAAAAACAGUGCUACUCGGGAUUUUUCUCCUCAUUGACGAUCCUCUUGUGUGAGACCCUUGAUGAAAUCUUUCAGUAUCUCAUCCGUCAAUUACUGGCAAACAACCAUGUUCAGGUGCAUGAUGUUAAUAGCAUCAGCCUGUAUCGCUCAUUUCUUGAUGCUCUACUGGACCACGCAGUGAGAGAAAACAAUGGUCAGGUGAAGAAUUCCCAAAUCUUGACCAUCAAGAUCAUAGAAGGCAGGAAACAGCUUUUGAAAGGUUGUCAAGCCCUCAUGAACUCACAGCUCAAGGACGAGCACUUAGUAAAAGAAAUGCAUCGGAGUUACACAAUGACAUCAAUCUUGACGUGGAUCUUAUCAUCAGAUGUUUUGAUUCCUGUUGCAAUGCUGCCCUCUACAGCCAGUAUGGUGACAUCACUUCUAAGUAUAGAAGCAUCAACCUCGGCCAGAUUAAAAGAAGUUGCCAGUUUGGAUGAUAAGAGAGGGUUUGAUGGCGCCAACAGAGGUCGCUUGCAGUCAGAUGUUAUCAGGAGUAAAUGGGAGGCCAUCUUGGCUAUCAUCCAGCAGCAAGACAGACAUAGGGACAACAGAUUAAACCAAGAAGAUGACACUGUUUGUUGGGAUACUGUGUUAUCAGCUUGUCUAUCUGAUAUGAGUCUGGUUGUUACACUGCACAGCUUGCCAUUGUUAGGAUGUGCUGCCUUGCUCAUUGAUAAGCUAGGUGACGAGAACAUUCCAUUGUGUUUGGAGGGUAUGUCAGCAUCGUGGUGUGCUUUGAAAGAUGGAUGGAGAUCUAAUCUAAACUUCUGGGGUCUUUUUGAAGCCUUUAUUGCUGUGGUGUACCAGCCUGUGUUAUUACAACAUGGAGAAGGUACUGAGGUCUAUGAAGUUAUUAGAAAAUACACAGAAGAGAUCGUAUCUCAGGGAGAGAGUCGAUAUGGAAUGAUGAAUAGCUUGAUGUCUCAUCUAGACAAUGUCUUAUCUCAUCACUUCUUUCUCAAACACAAAGAAAAGCAUCGCUGUGAUGCUAUGACGGUCAUCAAAAAUCUAACAGGGAUUCUACGAGAGGCUGCCCUCUAUGGUCCAAGUCUUACCAGAUCAGACAGGCUUUUAGAAGAUGUAACAGCUUACUUCAUCAGACAUGAGGAACUUGAAGCAUUAAGACCUAUACUUCAAAGCAACAGUCAACAUCCGUCUGCCCGGGUCAUUGUGAUAAGUAUCUUGAUGAAAAUAGGAACCAGCAACUUUCAAGGGAGAGAAGAUUUCUUUGAAGAUUUUAUCAACUUACUACUAGACAAGGAUCAAGCGAUCACUCCAAAGAAACGUAGCUAUGUCAUCAAUUCAUUCGUCCAUCGUCUAAAGCUACGUAUAUGGCAAGCAGCUAUCAUCAUCCUCAAUUUUCUCUCUCAGGAUUCCAUGCCUCGUGUACUAACCAAGGUAUUGCAAUGUGUGAAGGCUGAGAAUCAGACAUCAGUACGUCAUGUGAUAGAGGUCUUCAUUGUCAGAAUGGUUCAUCUUAAUCCUCAUCUAUUGCAACAGUUCUGGGAGUAUACUUCACAGGCAGCAAACAGUAAAGAUAUCAGUUUCUCCCCUUUACUGAUGAUCAUUGCACAUCUUGGGAUUGUACAGCCAAAGAACCAACAGGAGUCCUUUUACUUGUAUGCAAUCCCAACGGUACUUCCAUGGACAUUUGUGUCUUCGAUGGCACUGCGGAUCCACGCACAGGUGGCGCUCUUCAAGAUGUGGAAGAAUUGUCAAGAGGCAGGGCUUACGGCUGUACUGGACAGGUUUCCAGGAGUAGCCGUUUGUAUGGACUUCACUCAGAACAAUAGUGCUCUUCAGUCAUUGAGAGAGAGAAUGAAAGGGAACUUCUUCAUCAGUUACUUCCAUCCUAUCGAUCAUUUUAGUGUUGAGACCAUGGUGUAUACCAUGCCUCGGUUGACCCUGGUCACCGAUGAUGAACUCAUUCAUCCAGAACUCUUCCUCAUGUCAGAUACGUCACCAUGGAAACGGGAUAACGAUGACCUCGUCGUACCCCUGUACAGCAGGACUGAUACACUCAGGACGUGUAAUCUCAAAGAAAAGCUGAAAAGUAGAUCAGUGAAAGAUGCGGAGAUCUGUGAGGGACAUUGGACAGAGGACGCAUCGGGAGACAUUCAGAAGAAGAUUACACCCUGGAAAGACUCACAUAUACCCGGCUUGGAAUCCUCUCAAGGUCAAGGUCAAAGGUCACCUAGGGGUCAUCUCGUAGUUGUUGCUUCACUCGUCGACAGGAUACCAAAUCUUGGAGGUCUGUGUCGUACCUGUGAAAUAUUUGGAGCAUCCUGUCUUGUGCUUGGUAACCUAGCUUUGAAAGAUCAUCAAGAUUUCCUGAGUCUCAGUGUAUCUGCAGAAAGAUGGCUGCCGAUCCGAGAGGUGAAGCCAGGAGAUUUAAAAGAUUACAUGAUUGAGCUGAGGGAACAUGGAUAUACCCUGGUAGGCGUAGAACAGACCGCUAACAGCCAAUCUCUAACCGACUUCAAGUUCCCACAAAGGACCAUGCUUCUUUUAGGGAAGGAGAGGGAAGGCAUCCCCGUCGAGUUGAUCCAGCUUCUUGAUGUAUGCGUAGAGAUUCCGCAACUGGGUUUCAUCAGAUCACUCAAUGUACACGUGAGCGGAGCAUUGAUGAUAUGGGAAUAUACCAGACAGAGACUACUUGAACAGUAGAGCCCUAGAGAUCAGAAGUCGAUGAAUGCCAUUAUAGGCUCCUCCUGCGACAAUUGCUCUUGCUGAAACUACACUUAACAACCCGAGCUUCAAACCUUUUUGUCUCGCCCACCAGAGGUGAAGGCGAGACUUAUUGAUCCAAUGUCGUCCGUCCGUCACAAACCUAAUGACAC